UAUUUAGAGCGUAAUAGCUUUGGCAUCUCGACAGGAGCUACUGGGCGCUGGGCGGUGUAAGGGCGCCGUAGCAGUGCGCGCAUGUGGGAAUAGAGAGAGCGUGCGGCAUCCUUCUUUCCUUUGUUCUAGUUGGAUCGAUCACUCUGUUCUUGGCUUCAGUUAUCUCGAGGAGCGCCAGCGAAAUAUUUCUUCUCUCCCCUCCCUCUUCUCUCCUUGAUCUCGAUCCUCCGUCCGCUAUACCGUAAGAAUGCAGGUCCCUGGCGCCGAUCCAAUGUAUAUCGCCGCCGAUUUCGAUUCUGUCAUCGACGCCCUGGAAUUCCAUGCGGCGCCGGAUGAUCUCUCCGAAAUAUCCCGUCGGGAGGAGGAAUUCGUCGAAAAGGCGGGCUUUACAUCGAUUUCCGGGUGUAGCUCGUCGUCGUCGCACUCCACGCUCAGCGUUGACACCACGGACGAGCCGCAAGAGGAGAGGAAGCGCUUCCAACCGGAAGAACGUGAGCACAUCAGCAGUUUGAAGUUGAAGGAGGAGGAGGGCUCGAGUCGCUAUGGCGGGCGCUACGGUCCCAGGAACCUCCUCAAGGCCUCCAAACGCGUCACGGGAAGAGCCAGUCGGACAGUCUACACGAAGCCAACGCUGGCGAGCAUAAAGCCGGAGAGAUUGCCGGCUCCUAGCGCCGACGAAGUGGACGCGUUUCUCGGGGAGCUCGAAGGCCAGAUGGACAAGGUGCAGCACAAGCUAUUCACGGAGAGAUACAACUUCGAUGUUGCCAACGAGCGUCCUUUGCCAGGAAGAUUCGAAUGGGUGAAGGUCCAAGAUCAAGGAGAUCAUGCAGCAUGAGCAGAAGGCGAAGAAAGCGGCUGCGAUCAUGGAAAAACCCGCGCAUGGACAGCUUGUGAAUACCCGUUGCAGCAGUUUUUUCAAGUUCCAAGCUGCGACUCGAGAAGCCACGACGCGGGGGAAUUCUCAACGCAGAGAGACCGGGUACAUAGUUACAACACGAAGAACAACACAGGAAUAUACAUAUAGAACCAUCGAGCUCCGUGGUGAUCUGAUGGGCUUCCCUGGUGUGCUUUCAGGGGCUUUGGACGAGGGAGAAAGAAAGAGAGAGAGAGAGAGGUAGCUAUCUAUUCGCGAGCAAGAGAGCUGGGAGAUUUCGCUCCUCAAGAACAGCGCUCGCGCGCUGUGUGUGAGAGGAGAACUCGGUGUGAUCUGGAUCCCAGUGUAUGUAUGAUGCUUUCUUUCUUUUGUUUGUUUAAUGUUCUUCUUCACUCUUCUUUCUUUC